AUCUGCUGCUCUUCGAUCUCUUCAACUGCUCUUUAUCAACAAGGAAGCUGUUCCUUUUGAACUGAACCGAACUCGGCAGAAGAAGAAGAUUCUCCCGGGGGGUCAUCCAUUGACCGGGGUAUGAAUUUUGCACGCGAGCGCAACCACCGGUGCCGGAUCCGAUCACGGUUGAUUUCGACGGUACUUCCCACUCUGGAGUUGUGGAGAAGCUACCUGCGCUACCUGUGCUGGUUGUCGUGGUAGAGAGGGCAAUGUGUAUACACACCCGACGCGAGAUGAUGAUGAUGAUGAGGUUGAGUGGUGUGUACCCGAUGCGCGGGAAAACGUUCGCAGUGUAUCGAAGAGUACUAAAAAGUGAACGCAGUAGUUCGCCCUGAUCUCGCGGAUCUUUGAAGGAAGCUCUUUGUUGCAACUGGCCGGAAAGGGUAGAAGAAGCGGUGCCCAACUUCAUCUGCAGUACGGACAACAGUGGUGGUGGUGGUGGUGGUCUGUGGUUCGGGUUCAACGAUAUUUUUGACUAUAAAAGCCGGCGCCAACCACAACUAGCCGCAUAGUGUACUUGGAUAGUUCAUCCGAGUAGCAGCAUCCGCAGUUUCGUGUUAGUAGUGUAGCGUCAUCUGUGUUUUUUCGUGAGGAUGUUGAGGAAAACGAUCGUUCUGAGCUGCCUGGUGGCGGUGGCCCUUGGUUCCCUCGACCUGGAGACGGCUGAAACUGGAUGGGGAGGUGGUGGUGGUGGUGGUGGUGGCUGGAGCAGCGGCGGCGGUGGUGGUAAGAAGGUGAUCAUCAUCUCGUCGGGCGGCGGCGGCGGUGGUCAUGGAGGCGGCGGCUGGAGCGGCGGUGGUCGUAGCCUCGGUGGAGGCGGCGGAUGGUCCAGCGGUGGUGGUGGUGGCGGCGGAUAUGGCAAGGGUUGGUCCAGCGGUGGCAGCUCGUAUGGAGGCAGCAUCGGUUCGUACGGUGGAGGCGGUGGUGGAUACUCCAAGGGCUGGCCAAGCAGCAGCAAGGGAUGGUCCAGCGGAGGGUCCUCGUUCGGUGGUGGAUACGGAGGAGGUGGUAGCAGCUACGGCGGUGGACACUCUGGCGGUUGGAGCUCGGGUGGAAGCAGCCUCGGCGGAUGGCCCUCGGGUGGAGUCAGCAAGGGUUGGUCGUCGGGUGGAAGCGGCGGAUACGGCGGCAGCCAGGGAUGGUCGUUGGGCGGAGGCGGCGGAUACGGCGGUGGUAGCCAUGGAUGGUCGUCGGGCGGCAGCGGACUGGGAGGUGGAUACGGAGGAGGCGGUGGUGGCUGGAGCACGGGCCGCAGUCUGGGAGGAUCGGGCGGAUGGUCGUCGGGAGGCCUGAGCAAGGGCUGGCCAUCGAGCGGUGGCAGCAAGGGCUGGUCAUCGGGAGGCUACGGCGGUGGUAGCGGUUGGUCAACCGGUGGCAGUGGCUGGAGCGGUUCCAGCGGCUGGUACGCAAGUACGAUCAUUCAUCACGUAGCGACUAUCAGCGAAUCGUGUGAAAAUGUUAAUGCAUCGCAGGAUCACUUGCAGUUGCGUUCCAGCUGGAACAUCCGCCCCGAAGCCGAUCCUCUGCUGUUGGCACUCAUUUAUCUUCGACCCCCGCCUGAAGACGACGAAUCGCUAGUUGCUGUAUUAAGCUGUCUGGUAGCGAUCAGUUCGGCCAUGCCGGCUUUGGAGCUCUCGCAACCGAUCGCAGCUCCAGAAGCUCAAAACAGUCCGGCCGUGCUGAUCGUUCAGGCUGAUGACGAUGAUGCAGAUCUGGCCGGUGCUGAGACGGCUCACCACGGAUACGGCGGAUACGGUGGAUACGGAGGCGGCUAUGGCGGUGGCUUCGGAGGCUAUCCGUAUGGAGGCUAUGGAGGAGGAUUCGGAGGAGGUUAUGGUGGCGGUUUCGGUGGAUUCGGAGGUGGAUACGGCCACGGCGGAUAUGGUGGUUACGGACAUGGACAUCAUCACCAUCACGGAUAAGAGAUCUUGCCGACUUCCGACUAUCGAUCAUGCUAGAUCGAGCUACGACACCGACUCAAUUCAACCCAUCUGUUUCACCUCACUGUGAUCAGCAUCCAUCCAGGGAUGUAUUUGCAUUUAUUGUUCGUUUAACUUAUCCCGACAACGCCCUUUUAAGUCACCAUGACCAUCGAUCACCCGAACUGUUAUUUAUUAACUGGAUACCAUUCUGUAUUACGAAUAUACGUUCACCAUUUAA